AUGGGUGCAUUUUUGGAUAAACCCAAAACUGAGAAACAUAAUGCUCAUGGUGCUGGGAAUGGUUUACGUUAUGGCCUGAGCAGCAUGCAAGGAUGGAGAGUGGAAAUGGAAGACGCACACACAGCUGUUGUAGGUAUUCCUCACGGCUUGGAAGACUGGUCAUUUUUUGCAGUUUAUGAUGGUCAUGCUGGAUCCCGAGUGGCAAAUUACUGCUCAACACAUUUAUUAGAACACAUCACUAAUAAUGAAGACUUCAGGGCAGCUGCAAAAUCAGGAUCUGCUCAUGAGCCUUCAGUGGAAAAUGUCAAGAAUGGUAUCAGAACUGGCUUUUUGAAAAUUGAUGAAUUCAUGCGUAACUUUUCAGACCUCAGAAAUGGAAUGGACAGGAGUGGUUCAACUGCAGUGGGAGUUAUGAUUUCACCGAAGCAUGUCUACUUUAUCAACUGUGGUGAUUCACGUGCUGUUCUGUGUAGGAAUGGACAAGUCUGCUUUUCCACCCAGGAUCACAAGCCUUGCAAUCCAAGGGAGAAGGAGCGUAUCCAAAAUGCAGGAGGCAGCGUAAUGAUACAGCGUGUUAAUGGUUCAUUAGCAGUGUCUCGUGCUCUGGGGGACUAUGAUUACAAGUGUGUUGAUGGCAAGGGCCCAACAGAACAACUAGUUUCUCCAGAGCCUGAGGUUUAUGAACUUUUAAGAGCAGAAGAUGAUGAAUUUAUCGUUUUGGCUUGUGAUGGGAUCUGGGAUGUUAUGAGUAAUGAGGAGCUCUGUGAUUUUGUUAAAUCUAGGCUUGAGGUAUCUGAUGACCUGGAAAAUGUGUGCAAUUGGGUAGUGGACACUUGUUUACAUAAGGGAAGUCGCGAUAACAUGAGUAUUGUACUAGUUUGCUUUCCAAAUGCCCCCAAGGUCUCAGAUAAUGCAGUGAGAAAAGAUUCAGAGUUGGAUAAGUACUUGGAAUCACGGAUUGAAGAAAUUAUGGAGAAGUUUAGUGAGGAAGGAAUGCCUGAUCUUGCCCAUGUCAUGCGCGUCUUGUCUGCAGAAAAUAUCCCAAAUUUGCCUCCUGGAGGAGGUCUUGCUGGCAAGCGCAAUAUUAUUGAAGCUGUUUAUAGUAGGCUGAAUCCACAUAGAGAAAAUGAUGGGGCCUCCGAUGAUGCAGAGGAGAGUGGAUCACAGGGAAAAUUGGUGGAAGCUCUCAGGCAAAUGAGAAUUAAUCAUAGGGGAAACUACCGACAACUUCUGGAGGAGAUGCUGUCUAGUUACAGGCUAGCUAAAGUAGAGGGAGAAGAAAGCCCUGCUGAACCAGCUGCUGCAGCUACUUCCUCGAACAGUGAUGCUGGAAACCCAGUGACAAUGCAGGAAAGCCAUACUGAAUCAGGAAGUGACCUUGCUGACUUAGACAGCUGUAAUGAAGAUGCAGGGACAAACUUGGGUGAUGAAAAAGGUGCUGGAGAUCUAGAAGACCCAUGGUAGCCUUAUAAACUUCUAAAAUGCUUUUGAUUCUGAAAAUUGGGGGAAAAACUUUUAAUCACAUUUUCUUCAAUACAAGGGAAAAAUAUUCUUGUGGAUUCCCAACGUUUUGUGAUAUGAGCAGAAAAUCAUUAGCAUUUCCCAUCAUUUGUUCAUAUUUGUGUUUUCUGAUAAUUGCCACUUGUAGCAUUGCCUGUACUACAGUAUUUUUGCCAACCUCAGGCAUACUAAUUCCAUCUGUAUUGAACUAUUGGUCCUAAAAACCAAUGGAGUUAUUUCACCACAAGUAAUAAUUGUGCCUGAGGUGCAUGGGAAUAUAGUUAGCUGUACUUUGAAGAUACAUUAUGUUUUUUUUUGUGUUUUUUUAAACAGGACACACAACAUAUAAGCAUGUAAGAGUAAAGAAUUGUAUGAGAUGUUCUUUUUUUCAAUUCACCAAGUUGAAAGCCUUUUGCAGGUCUGGCUUAAAAUUUCAUUUGGGCAAUCUACUAUAGGGUAUAUAUUUAUUAAUUGUUAUUUAAUUUUUUUCGAAUUUUACCUGUAUUACCAAACUGGGUUCUUCAAUAAUGUCCAAAUUGUAAUGUUGCCUGCUUCAAGAUAAGUGUAUUUGGCAAUAAUAUUAUAAACCCUUAAAAAUUUUAUGCAUGUGUCUCCUAUAUCCUUCAACACACACCAGAAAAUCUUUGAAACCAAAUGGAUUAAUUUAUGGCUAUUUAUAAUUUGCUUAGACAUCUCACUGCUGCAAAUUUUUUAAAUGAUGAGAUUUGCUUUUAUAAUGUAAAUUGUGAUUUUUGUUUUACAUGUGGGUUUCUAUAGUUUUAAUUUUUCAGCUUUUAAGAUACAAAAAGUUUUGUGUAAUUUGGUAUAAAUUUUAAUUGUUUACGUUAUUUUAAAGGCUCAGAAUAUCACAUUGAAAUGACUAUAAAUACAUUUAAAAUUAUCUAUUUUAGAACUAAGGAAAUAUUAAAGAGAUAUUUUCAUGGGUUCAGUAACCUUUCAUUUUAUAACAUUGGGCACGGUACAGAGUGGCUGUCACAUAAGGUACUUGAAGAUUAUUCAUUUAAUUCUAUUUUUACAAUAACCUUGAAUUCUUGAAUUCUUUUUGAGUUUUGCAUGUAUCCAAUUAAUGCUGAACAUGAAGAGUGAAAUAUUUAUCUAAAAGCUAUUGGGGUAGGAGAAGCAAUGAAUGUAUCCAUUUGUACAUGGUUUACAUGUUGUGGAUGCUUUGUAAACACUUUCCUGUAUGUUUAAAUUGUGUUUCAGCGGGAUGUAAUUGCCUUUGUGUGUAGUUAAAAUGAGUCAUCAUCUGGUCCUGUGUGCAGUGGAAUUCAUGGUAUUUUCUGUAACAUUUCCCUGAAGCUGUUUCUGGAGAGCCACACAUUUGAAUACAGACAGCUUCCUUGAUCAUUCGAUUUAUUGUGCACCUGAUUUUUGGCCUAAAAGAAUUAUUGCCACAAUAUAUUUUAUUUAUUCUUUAGAUUUUAGCCUUGUAAGUUAAAGUGCUUUACAUGAUGAUGUUAAAAGCUAUUUGUCCCUUUACUGGGUUUAAGGGUUGUUAAAAGAUAGGGAAUGAAGAAUGCAAAAAAUGGUUUAUUGUUCAACUGUCCACUCUGAUCCAAUCCUGUACUGACAGUACCUUUCCAGUAUGAUAUUGUGAUGUUUCAUACAAUGCAGUGAACAUAACCAACUUGUUACCUAAAUAAAGAAUUGAUAAAAACAGUGUGACAUAUUACUACUUGGUAUGAUUUUUAAAAAUAAAAGUCCAGUUUUGAAUGUUAUUUUAAACAUUUUAUACAGUUAGAAUAUUGUGAAAUGUUUCAUACAGAACUGUGUAGUUAAAUUUUAAUUCCAGGGAAGAAUUAACUAAACUAUAUAAGACAAUACUAAUUAAACCCUUCUCCACUUCCAAACAUUUUUUAUUACCACUUUAACCUUUCUCUGGGAGUUUAAUGGCCCUUGAAAUACAAAUAAUGUGUGAGUUAGCAAAAAACUCGUGUUUACUAAUAUGAAUUUCCUAGUCCCACUGUUCUCAAACAUUUAUAUUCUUAAAGGUUGAGGCUCCCAAAGAACUUUUGCUUUUGAGGGUUAUAUCUAUUGAUAUUUAUUGUAUUAAAAAAAACAACACCAUUACCUGUUAACAUAAAGAGCAUUGUUUUAUAAAAAGAUUAUUUUCCAAAACUAAAGAGCAUUGGCUUUCGUUUUGUAAAUCGGAUGGGUUCUCAUAUCUGCUUUUGCAUUCAAUCUGUUGUAAUGUGGUGCUUUGAAGUGUAUGAAAAGAUCUGGCUUCACACACAUAUGUAUUUGGAAGAGUAUUUCAAUAGUUUCAGAUAAUUGUGGAUACUCCUCUUUGUUACAUUACCAAAACUUCAGAACUGGUAGUUUCUUGAAAGUUAGUUGCAAUGUGAAAUCUGAAACUAUUCAACUUUGUACUGUUCUGUUACAUUAAAAUUUGUUUGACCUAU